AAUGAACCGUUUCGAUUUUGUAAAUAUUUUUGUUGUCGUUUAUAUAAAACUUUGACAAAAAUCUGCUGCGGCUUUGCACCAAAAUUAGUAUUCUAGCUUUCUUUAGUAAAAUUAUUAAUCUAACUCAAGAAAUUUAUACCAAUGUUCAACUCAGGAUUAUCGCUAAGAUUUACUAAAAUGUUGGUACUUAAACCACAUCGCAUUUUUACCGUGACGUUGUCGCCAAAGAGAUAUCUGUCUCAGGAAACAACGGCUCAUAUAAAUCCCCCAAAUGUUGACCAACGAGAAGUGGACACGCUUGCCAAAAUGGCCGAAGAAUGGUGGAAUCCGACGGGGCCACUCAAAGGACUGCACUCGAUGAAUUCCCUUCGGGUUCCACUGAUUCGCGAUGGUCUCAUUGCCACAAAUGUGAUUCCACAGGAGCAAAUUCAAUCGCCACAGGUACUCAAGGGAGUUAAUAUCCUGGAGGUUGGCUGUGGAGGUGGAAUCCUUACGGAGGCCCUUGCCAGGAUUCAUGCCAACGUCGUGGGAAUCGAUCCCGGCGAAAAGUUGAUCAAUGUAGCGAGAGAACAUAAGGAACGUGAUCAGAAAAUUUCCCCAAGAAUUCAGUAUCUGGUGGAAACUGUUGAAGAACACGCCCAGAAGAACGUUGAAAGGUACGAUGCGGUCAUAGCCUCGGAAGUUCUGGAACACGUCAACGAUAAACCUGCCUUUUUGGAGCAUUGCAUAAUGGCGCUCAGACCGGGUGGAUCGAUUUUUAUUACGACGCUCAAUCAGACAACCGCUUCGUGGGUGGGAGGAAUAGUGGCAGCGGAGUACAUUUUGAAGCUGGUCCCGGAGAAUACGCACGAUUGGGACAAGUUUAUCGCGCCUUUGGAUCUUGAACGUAUCUUGAAAUCAUUCAACUGCACAACGGUACUGGUUCAUGGAAUGUCGUAUGAGUUUUGGAGGAACAGCUGGACCUGGUGCAAGAGAAUGGACAUAAAUUAUGCCUUGCAGGCGGUGAAGCUAGUCGAUAAUUGAAGCAUUAUUAGAAUAAAGAAGCUGCUUGGUAGUGCUUAAAUUUA